AUGAUAGCCGCUGCUCAUUUUGCCAAAUUAAAGUCAAUUACUGUAGUGAAUUUUGAAGAGGUUGCCAUUGGAGAGCUAAUGCACCAUCAGGUGUGGACAGGAUGCGCGCGCGCCUACUCGCGCAAGACAAAGCGCAUUAGCAUACCGCACGGGGCGCUAGGUGUGGCUGAAUUAAUCACGUCCCGGCUCGUGCCAUACGUCGGGCUGAUCAAGGAAUUUUGCUAG